CAUUGUUAGGGAGAAGACGUCGACCUGAGGGCACACGUGCGCACGCUCCACCGUUGUCUCCAUACUUCAUGCCUGUCAUAAUCACGCAACCUUGCGCAAUAAUCGUCGUUCUGAAAACAGCUUCAAGAAAUAUUGCCAAAAGACCGUAGGACCUCCGUAGGCCCUGACCCUCUAAUCCUGUGGGCCUGUGCUUGGGCCUGAUUCGCCGCCCCACCCUCGUAUUCCAUGACGUCAAAUAAUCCAGCCCGAUCCAGCCUUGGAUCCGGAUUGACCGGAUUGACGUCGGUUGCGAGUGCCAGCACCACCGCCAGCGCCACUCAUACCACCGUCACCCACGCCGGGACGACCGGCGCUACCCCCAUCCCAGAAGGCCCAGCGGCGGCUACGGCCCAUGCCUCGGCCAGCGGCCCCGACGGAAGUCCGCCCGCCCUUCACCCGAUCUUGACAGCCACUCAAAUCGAUACGGACAUCUUGCCCGUGCUCCACGAUAUUGUCAGGACUAUCGAAAAGGAGAGUUUAGACGUGUCCCAAAAGAGCCGUGAUUCGUUGGAGGCCUCGCAAAAGGUGGCCGUAUUGCACAAGAAAUUCGAGGCCAUGCGAACCGGAAUCUACGGGCUCUCCGGCAUUGAAAACAGUCCCAAGGAACAGCUCAAACAGUUGGAGAUUCUCCGGGAACAAUUGCGCAUGAAGAAGAAGCUCAUCCACAAGUACAAAGAGCUCAACCUCAAGGUCUUUGGCUUGAGUGGCACCUACUAGACCAGCUUCACCAUCAUUGACCGCAAUCGAUCCCUCUCAUCCAUUCAUCAUGGUGUUUCGUAUCUUGUUUCGGAUGCUCAUGGGCCACCCUCAAAUGGGACCCGCCCUUAUUCAACGCCUCUCGGAGACUCGCCCUAUUCGGGGGGCGGCU